AUGCUGGGCACAACGGUUCAGACCCAGGCUCACGAAGCCGGUGACUUCAUCAUUCGCGGCGGUAUCGCCAACGUCUCUCCCGACGCCAGCAGCUCUGCUCUGAUCCUGGACGGAUCAGCAAUCGGUCGAUCUUCAGCUGACGUUGACGAUGACACCCAGCUUGGCCUGACCUUCACCUACAUGCUGACCAACGACUGGGCAGUUGACGUGCUUGCCUCAACACCGUUCACCCACGACAUCAGCGCCUCUACAGGCGAUCUGGGCCUGGGUACCAUUGAUGCGGGUAAAACCACACACUUGCCACCCACCGUCUCCCUGCUGUACUUCCCUGCUGCAUCCGACAGCAAGUUCCAACCCUACUUUGGCGCGGGUUUGAACUACACACUGUUCUUCGACGAAGAAGUCGAUUCUCAGCUGGAGGGCGUGUUAGGUAGAGGCUCACUUGAGUUGGACCCGUCUUUCGGACUCGCCGUCCAGGCUGGCUUCGACUACAAACUGACUGAGAACAUGUACUUUAACGCCGGCAUCUGGUGGAUCGACAUCGACACCGACGCCGAGUUCGAAUUUGCAGCCAACCGCAUAACCACCGAAGUGGAAAUUGACCCCUUCGUCUACAUGAUCGGUUUAGGCUGGAAGUUCUAA